AUGGCCCCAAAAUUCGACCCCAAUGAAGUCAAGAUCAUCUACCUCCGGGCAACUGGUGGUGAAGUUGGUGCUUCAUCAGCACUAGCCCCCAAGAUUGGUCCUCUUGGUUUGUCGCCGAAGAAGAUCGGUGAAGAUAUUGCCAAGGCCACCUCUCAAUGGAAGGGUCUCCGGGUGACCGUUCAACUCACCAUCCAAAACCGACAAGCCACCGUCUCCGUUGUCCCCAGCGCUUCUUCUUUGGUUAUCAAGGCUCUCAAGGAGCCCCCUCGUGAUCGUAAGAAGGAGAAGAACAUCAAACACUCUGGCAACAUCCCCCUCGAAGAAAUCAUUGACAUUGCACGACAAAUGCGAUCAAAAUCACUGGCGAAGGAGCUGUCUGGAACGGUGAAGGAGAUUUUGGGUACCGCACAGAGCGUUGGCUGCACGGUUAACGGCCAACCUGCACACGAUGUCAUCGACGGAAUCAACUCUGGGGAGAUUGAGAUUCCUGACGAGUAAUUGUAUCACCGCAGUAGCAAUUCCAUCCACUUGCAUCUUCAUUGGCAUUUCGAUGUGCGUUCCGGUUCUCUUGCUUUGUUUUCCCCAGACAUUGACAGCGACCGCCAAAGUAUGAAAUGGCGGCUUUGUACUUUUUUUUUUGACCUGCCCAAUCCUAUACGACACUUCAU